CUUAUAAUUUGAUGUUCUUAUCGAUGAAUAAUAUCGAGUCGACACGAGCUCGGUUCGCGGAUUGGACAGGAAUUUAUUUAAAACUUGGACGGCCUCAAAAUUCUCAUAAAUACUGAAGUUUUGCAAUAUUGGAUAACGAGCUAGUGGGUGUACGGCCGAUACCUACGGCCUAAUAAGGGUAGACUUCUCUCUGUGGGCCGAUUUUCGUAUGACUCAUUAAACGAAUUUAAUUUUACCUUAUUGUCAUGUCACCAACGCACAUGCUCGUGAUGUGAGCGCACGUUCAUCUUGACCUAUGUAACAGCGAAAAUACGUUUACGUAAUAACCAGCUUACUCAACGAAUUCUCGGGUAAAGUAGUGCAAUUAUUAAAUUGCAACUCGCACUUUUUUGAGCAGCGCCGCCAUUGAUCAGCGCCGGCUCAGGCUACGCUCAUUCAACAGAACCUCCUUGCGCACACUGGCAUAGACAACACGCACACUCGCGCAGCCAGCCAGUUUGACAGUUCCCGCCAUCGCCGCGCCGCCGGCCAGUCAGCCGACGCACGGCAACGCGGCACGAUCGCGCUCCUCUCCGCCGCCAUUUUUAAUCCCUUAAACUCGGCAGUUGAAUUAAAAAUACCCCUUGUUUCCACUGUUUCGUAUUUAUACAAAUGUGACUGAAACUCAGUGUGAAAACCCGAAAUAGUGACUCAUCGACAAACGAGAAAAAUCGAAUCGAAAUUAACUAACAAUAAAAUUAACGUAACAUUCCAAAUUCAAAAUUAACCAUUGCCAUAUUAACUUUAGCUUUUUAAUUUAUAAGUGGCCACACGUUGCAGUGACUAAGUUGAGUGUAAUUGCAAAUAAAUAAAUGGAAUAAAAAAAAUUGUGUCAAGACCAGCUGUGUAUGUCAAGGGGUACGGCAACUUUCCUUUUGUGUCAGACUGCGACUCGAUGACAUCGAUCGUAAUCCAGUGAAGAAUCGCAACCUUGUGACCGUGGAAGGAUUUUGGCGAGUCCCUUCACAGUCCUUUAAAAAAAAACAAAAACCGCGCGCGCGCGUUCGAAAACCGAAAAACAGUGUGUGAAGUGAAAUGAAAAGUUAAAAAUGUCAACACAAGCGUACUACAAGGAGCGUCUGGGGUUCGACCCCCAGGAGGAAGUCAAUGGGUCGUACUAUGAGGGCCCCCACCAGCCUAAGAGACACCGGAAGGAGGCCCUGGACUCCCACGAUCAGGUCUAUGAGGAGAACCUGACCAAGUUCAAAGACGAGCGCGAUGCCAUCCAGAAGAAGACGUUCACGAAAUGGGUCAACAAACACCUGAAAAAGCACUGGAAAUAUGUCAAGACGUACACUAGACUGCACGUGUGCGAGGUGGUCAACAACCAGCCGUGCUGCGCGGCCUCGCACGUGAACCGCCACGUGAACGACUUGUUCGAGGACCUGCGCGACGGACUCAACCUCAUCUCGCUGCUGGAGGUGCUUUCUGGCGAACACCUCCCGCGCGAGCGAGGCCGCAUGCGUUUCCACAUGCUGCAGAAUGUCCAGAUGGCGCUCGACUUCCUCCGCUACAAGAAGAUCAAGCUGGUCAACAUCAGGGCUGAAGAUAUCGUGGACGGCAACCCCAAGCUGACGCUAGGGCUGAUAUGGACGAUCAUUCUGCACUUCCAGAUCUCCGACAUCGUGGUCGGCCAAGAGCCCAACGUGACAGCUCGCGAGGCGCUCCUCAGCUGGGCGCGGCGCUCCACGGCCAAGUACCCGGGCGUCAGGGUGGCAGACUUCACCUCGAGCUGGAGAGACGGGCUGGCGUUCAACGCGCUCAUACACAGGAACCGCCCUGAUCUGAUUGACUGGCGUAAUAUCAGAUCAAGGCAUGUCCGUGAGCGCUUGGAGACGGCGUUCCACGUGGUGGAGAAGGAGUACGGAGUCACCCGGCUGCUGGACCCUGAAGACGUGGACACGCACGAGCCGGACGAGAAGUCCCUCAUCACGUACAUCUCGUCCCUGUACGAGACGUUCCCCGAGCCGCCGUCGGUGCACCCGCUGUUCGACGCGGAGAGCCAGCGCCGCGCGGCGGCUUAUACCGAGCAAGCGGCCGCUCACAGGGCGUGGCUGCAUGAGAAGUGCGCGCUUAUGCAGGACCGUGCUUUCCCGUCAACUUUGAUCGAGAUGAAGAAGCUGUUGGGCGAGAGCACGCGGUUCCGCAACGAGGAGGUCCCACUCCGGCAGCGCGACAAGCAGAAGCUGUUCCAUCUGUACCGGGAACUCGAGAAAUACUUCGAAUCGGUGGGCGAGUGCGACAUCGAGCCGACCCUCCGCCCCGACGCGCUGGAGCAGGGCUGGGCCCGACUCCUCAUGGCGCAGCAGGAGAGGGAACGGGAUCUCACGGACGAGAUCCGACGACUGGAGCGGCUGCAGCGGCUGGCUGAGAAAUUGCACAGGGACAUAAAACAAACGGAAAACGGCCUCGACGCUGUGGAGACCCACAUCGAGAGCGAGAUCCGUCGCGUGGAGCGCGGCGUGCACCCGGCCGAGGCCAAGCAGGCGGCCGAGCAGAUCUCCACUGAGCUGAGGAGCAUGGAGCAGGGCAUCCAGGAGAUGUUUACGGAUGCCCAUGCGCUGAGAGAUGCUAGGUACCUGCAGGCGGCUGAUUUACUGAGACGAGUCCAACAAGUCCACGACCGCUGGCUAGCAGCCCGACAGAGCUUCACCGGCCGCUUACUCCCACGUCUGUCGAGCGUCCGCCUGCCGGUCCAACAGACCACGGUGCGCCGUGAGACCCGUACGGUACUGGAGACCAGGGUCCAUGAUGCAGACCCCAAGUUCCAGCAGGUCAUGGAGGCGAUACGCUGGUGUAAGGAGAAGCUGAAGAAGCUACACGAGGCGGAGUACGGGUCGGACCUGCCGGCCGUGCUGCAGGAGUUGGAGCUGCACCAGCGAGAGCACAGACAGAUAGACCAGUUCCACGGGAAGGUGGAGCAGUGCGUGCAGCACCGGGCCACCUUCUCCGGCGAGGAGCUGAACUUCUACAACCAGCACCUGGGACAGCUGCAGAAGAUCUACGCGGACCUGCUGUCCACUAGCACUAAACGCGUAUCCGACCUAGACGCGCUGCAAGACUUCCUCCAAUCAGCGACGGCGGAGCUGAACUGGCUCAACGAGAUGGAACAGGUGGAACUGGCCCGGGACUGGGCCGACCCGCACAUCAACCUGCCGGCGGUGCAGCAGUACUAUGAGAACCUGAUGUCUUCACUCGAGAAGCGCGAGCUGCAGUUUAGUAACGUGAUCGACCGCGGGGAGGCGCUGAUCGCGCAGCACCACCCCGCCACCAAGACCAUCGAGUCGCAUCUGCAGGUGAUGCAGUCCCAAUGGGCGUGGGUCCUGCAGCUGACGCUCUGUCUCGAGACGCAUCUGAGGCACACCACGCAGUACCACCGCUACUUCGAGAAGGUGAAUGAAGCGGAGAAGUGGAUACAGAAACGCGAAGAAUCCCUCAACUCUACAUUCUCUCAGUCGGAGUUCACACUAGACCAGGGAGAGAGACUGCUGAAGGGCAUGCAAGACCUGAGAGAAGAGCUGAAUGCCUACGGAACCACAGUCUCCCAGAUAGUGGAGGAGGCCCAGGAGAUCAGGCCGGUGAAGCAGAGGCGACAGCCGGUGACCAAGCCGUUGAGGGCCGAGACUGUGUGUGCUUAUAAGCACGGGAAUAUGGCGAUAGAGAAGGGCGCCUCGGUCACCGUCCUCGACAACAGCGGGCGCUCCCGCUGGCGCGUCCGUCUGGGCGGCGCCGGCAGCGAGGCCCAGCUGCCCGGCGCGGUGGUCGCGCUACCCCCGCCGGCGCAGCCCGCGCUGCAGAAGGCCAGUGAUUUGAGCGCAGCUUAUGACAGGUUGAUUCAACUGUGGCAGAGGAAGCAGCUGAGGAUGCGACAGAACAUGAUCUUUGCGACCAUCAAAGUGGUGAAAGGCUGGGACUUCCCACAGUUCGUAGCCAUGGGCUCCGAACAGCGCCAAGCCAUCCGGCGCGCGCUGAACGAAGACGCAGAGAAACUGCUGGCGGAGGGAGACCCCGCCGACCCGCAACUGAGGCGGCUGCGGAGGGAGAUCGACGACGUGAAUAGGCUGUUCGAUGAGUUCGAGAGGAGGGCACAGGCUGAGGAGGAAUCCAAGAACGCGGCCCGCAUCUUCACGGAACAAGCGUCGGACCUUCUCGAAAGUCUCGAAGCUCUGGAGAAGCAGCUGGACUCUCGCAUCUCGGCGGCCAUCCCGCGCGACCUGGACGCGCUGGAGCACGUGGUGCUGCAGCACAAGGACUGGGAGACCAGCGUGCACGCGCUGAGCCGCCGCGUCCACGAGGCGAGGGGCACCUUCAGAGGCAUCGCGCUGAAGACUCCGGCGAUGAAGAAGCUCCUGGACAAGUUGAAUGGCUGCUGGAACGACAUGCACUCCAAGUCGCAACUCUUCGUCGAACGUCUCAAGUUCGUGGAGAUCGUGAUCAACAGCAUGGAGGAGAACCACCAGACCAUCUCCGAGUUCGAGAUGAGACUGGCGAAGUUCAACGACCUGCCCAACGAUGUGGAGAUACUGAAGGACAUGCACGACGACCUCCUCCGAAUGCAAGUCCAAGUCACCAAGCACCAGACCCACAUCGACCAGAUGAACGACGACUGUGCGCAAUGCAAGCGCGUGGUGGAGGCGUCCCGCGCGCCGCUCGCAGCCCGCAGCCAGGACCUGGCGCGCCUGCAGGCGGACGCGGCGCAGCUCAACCACCGCUGGACCGCGCUGUGCGGGGAGCUCGCCGACAGGCUCCGAAGCUGCGAGUCCGCGUACCAGCUCCUCCGCAACUACAACUCGGGGCUGGAGAAGGAGGCGGAAUGGAUAGAUGAUACCUUCUCCAAGCUGCAGGCCAUGCCGCCGGUCGAGGUCCGGCCGAAGGAGCAGCUGGAGCCGACUAGGAACUUACUGACGAGUGCCGUCGAGAGGACUCCCAAGAUCGAGAAAGUAAACGUGGACGGAGGAAGGUUCAUUCGAGAGGCCAAGAUCAACUCUUCGCGAUGCCAACGCUACAACGAGUGGCUUUGCGAUGAGAUCCACCCGUCGUGUGACAUGAAGCAGCUGAAGAGACAGGCGGAGCUGGACAUGGCUGAGCGACUCCGCAAGCGUCAGAAGGUGGUGGACCCUGAGCGACUGCCGACUGGAGCUGAGUCAGUGGCCAAGGAGCUGGAUGAGCUGAACGCGAAUCACCAGAAGCUUCUAGAUCUCCUCUAUGAGAGGCUGAGGAGGAUCGCCGCCGCUAACCCCGGAGACAUUGUCACUUUGCGUCUCGUGGAGGCCAUGGCCCCGCGGCCGGCGCGCUCCUUCCGCCAGGAGUUCAGCAUGCACGACCUGGCCACCAGCUCCGAGACCACCUACACGAGCACCUUCAGCAGCGAGCAAUACGUGCGAACGACACAUACGACUGAAUUGGACGGACAAGCGCCUGUUAAGUCAAUGACCAAUGGCAAAUCGAACUACACGACAAAAACUUUGCUGUCAGACGAUGACCGACCAGACAUCAGAAAUCUCAAGCGAGUCCACAAAAUGUACGAAGGACCCAACAUAAUUGAGUCCAAGGGCAUUGUCCACCCCGAAACUAAGGAAAUCUUAACUGUUGGCCAAGCCAUCAGCAUGAGAAUACUAGACGUACGAACAGGGAGACUAAUGUCUUCACAGGAAACCAGACAGACAAUGACUAUCGAACAAGCUGCCAAGGAAGGCCUAAUAGAUCCCAAACUAGCAGCCAGGCUGACUGGAGCCUGUGGUAUGACAGAAGAUGGACACGAAGUUACCCUAUUAGAAGCAAUACAAAGUGAACUCUACGAUGCAGAGCAAGGCCUGGAUCCAGCGGAGAAGAGGAUCAAGGUAACCGUAGACUCCCAGAGGCCAAGCCAAGGAAUGAGUAUAUCGGACGCAAUGAACCGCGGCCAAGUUGAUCUGGAGAAGGGACUAUACAAACUGCCCAAUGGGAGCUUCAUAACAAUAUCCGAAGCCUAUCAAAAGGGAUACCUCAUCUAUAACGAGAUUAUCAAAAUAAAAUCGAGUGCCUUGUCCUUAUCCGAUGCAAUCAGUCAAGAACUAGUAGACAAUUCUGGUUGGAUUAUGGACAGAAACUCGGGUGAUAGAUUCCAAUUAGAUGUCGCGAUUAAAAAUGAACUAAUCAAUCCAAACGUUAGGGAAGUAGUUGACCCUAAAACCGAUUCGAAAAUCACGCUUGCUGAAGCGAUAGAGCGCAACAUAAUAAACACUAAACACUCUAAAUAUAUUCAUAACGUAACGAAAGAAAAGUUUUCAUUCAAAGACGCGGCCGGUAAACGCUUGAUUUGUAAUCCGAUGACCCUCAAAGAUGUUUGCGAUAAUAAUCUAAUGACGAACAACGGUAAAAUUUUGUCACCGUCGAACAAGGUCCCACAAAACAUUUUAGAGUCUAUCGCAUCCGGGGUGCUUGAUAGUGAUGCUGUAAAAUGCGUCACUAACACGACUACAGGUCAACUGUUGACGUUGUCCGAGGCUCUCGGAGCCAGAAUCAUACUUCCUGAUAGUAAAUUCAGGGAUAAUUUAACCGGAGAGAUUUGCACGAUUCCAGAAGCAGUAGACAGGGGCCUGAUUACAUCAGUGUCUCAACGCUCAAUUUUCAACAUUGACGGCUUUAGGGAUCCAAAGACAGGUGAAUUUAUUUCAUUCAAUACUGCGUCUAGUAAAGGAUACCUAAAGUACGCUAAUGGUGAUAUUUUCCUAAAGUCUGAAAGUGGUGAUUUUGUCUUCCUUGAAGAUUGUAGUAAGAUUGCCAUAGUCCGUCCAGAAGUAUUAGAAAUGUUUAAUCGUAAGAUAGGCGUAUUUGAUAAUGGCAAAGAACUUUCCGUUCUUGAAGCUGUCUUCAAAAAAGUUCUAGACCCUAAAACCGGAUAUCUCCUAGACGCUAAAACUAAAAAGCCUGUGCCUUUCAAUAAGGCUGUCGAAAUAAAUAUGAUAACACCAGAGGGAGCCGCGUUACUGAACUCUCUUCUAAACAUUACAUUGACUUUGCAAACGGUUACGAAAACUGUUAAACGUUACGUAACUGUAACCAACACGGAUGUGUCACAAAGAUCAGAAACUAUAAUUACCUUCGCUGAAGCUAUUAGGAGAGGUCUUAUAGAUGAGUCAACACAGACAUUUACUGAUCCAACUACAGGAACAAUAUUCCCAAUACAACAAGCACUGGAUGAAGGUUUACUAGGUGUAGAACAGAAUGAUCCCCGUGUGAUUCAGAUUUCUGAUCGCAUUAACAAAAAAGAUUUAGCUCCUGGUCAAGUAGUAGAACUAAAAAUAACAAAAAAAUCUUUCAUCAAAGAUAUGCCCUCAAGUCCUGAAAGUAAAGUACAAGAGGACAGUAGGCCUGAGACUAUUAAGAGCCCGGAUCGCAGUACUCCGGUUAGAGAAGAGAGAAAAGAAAUCAGAACUAUAACGUCCUCGUCGGUUAUCACUGAACCUUCUGUAACAUCUUUGACGAUUAGGAAAAAUACAAUUGAGCUGCCCCGUGGUGGUUGGAGCCUCAAAGAAGCAAUAGAACUCAAUCUCUUAGAUCCAACUACUGGAAUAUUCACCAUUCCCAACACCGAUAGGGUCUUAGACCUUGCAGAAGCAGUAAAAGUUGAUAUAAUUAAUCCUGAAUCUGCAUUAGUUAUUAAUCCAGAAAAUCAAAAAGAAGUCCUGCUCGCUAAAGCCUUACAAUUACGCAUUCUUGAUGACACCGGACGUUACAAACAUUCAACAGGUUUGAUCACCAUGAAAGAAGCAAUAAGCCGAAGGUUCAUUGUUUUCCACGUAUCAACAACAAACGUAGUAUUGACCCAAAAAGUUAUUACUGUAACCUCCGUAGACGGCUCGCCAGACAAAGUCGAAAUAGCGGAAGCUCCUAAAGAAACUGAUAUUUACGGUCGUGAAAAAACACCUGAUGAUCAGCUUGUGCUAGAACCAGUUCAAGUUGCUCCGGGAGUCAUUUUUGACCCAGCUACAGCUUUGGUGAUAUCCACCACAUCAGGUGUGUCUGAGAACGUUCUCGAAGCUAUUGACCGCGGUAUUGUUCCGGCUAAUAGCGUUAAUGUUACUGAUCCAAAAACCGGAAAACCAAUAACUAUAAAACAAGCGAUAGAAAGGAGGAUAGUAGAUAGGAAAACUGGGGAAUACAAAGAUAAGACAGGAAAAUCAAUAAGUCUUUCUGAUGCCGCCAAGAUAGGGCUGAUAGCUGUGGUAGGAGCACCUCUUGUUGCUGCAUCGAAGGUGAUACAAGUUGUUAGAAGUACAUUGGUUGCCGAUCCACAAACAGGCGAAAAAAUGCCUAUGGAAGUUGCAUAUGAACGUGGAUUAGUUGAUCCCGCUACUUACCAAAGGUAUGAACAAUCUAUAAGAGAUAGAACGCCGGAAGCCGAUCUGAUGACGCAAGAUCAAAAAUCUGUUGCGGCUGGUGCUGCUAUAUCGGAUGGUUUUAUAACGGUCGAAAGUAUUCAAAGCAGCUUAUCUGCUGAAAGUAGGAAAGCGACCAAACCGAAAUCUACUGAAGUCGUCGAAAUAACCAAAACUCAAUCAAAUAAACAGCCUCAAUAUAGCGUGACAGUUAACAAAAAAUCGCCCAGCACGGAUGUGCUUGAGUCUAAACCAAUUGUACUUCAAAAGCUUCGUAAACGAGUAAUUGAACCUGCAGAAGCUGUAGAAAAGGGUUUGAUCGAUGUUGACACAGCCAAAGUAUUAGAAAGCGUUAAAGCAUACAAAGAUAAAAAUGGCCAGCCGAUAACAUUAGAUAAGGCAAUAGAAUUAGGAAUAGUUGAUGAAAACAAGGGCAAAAUAGUAGAUCCCAUUCACGGCGAUGUUGUGACCAUCAAGGUUGCCUUGAAAAGGGGAAUACUGGAUGGCGAAGGUCAAGAUGAGGUUUUGAUUCCAUUGUCUAAAAGCUUGUCAAUUGUAGAAGUUUUAGAGCAGGGCCUCUUAGACCCUGCUACUGGUAAGAUUAUUCACCCUGAAACUGGAAGCUUACUGACAUUAAGAGAAGCUAUAAUCUGUGAUAUUGUUGAUCCCUUAUCUAGUGUUACUGUUGCACCCGGUAAAACCAUAACUUUGGGUGAAGCUAUUGAAAAAGACAUAAUUGAUCAUGAUAAAAAUGUUAUCAGGUCCAGUGACGGUCCGUUAGAUCUAGUUACUGCUGUCAAUUGCCAAGUCUUCCCUGACACCAAAACUUCUGCAUUUAUAGAUGAAAUCCCACCUGCAGCUAUGACACUUUCAGUAGCAAUACAGCAUAAAAUUGUGGAGCCUACUACAGGUCAAAUUAGACACCCACUUACAGGUGAAGCUAUUGCUAUGGGCGAUGCCAUUAAACACGACUUCAUAAUGGCAAUUCCUUAUCCGCAGUCUUCCCAAACAUUGACUUUAGAAGAAGCCAUGGAUAAGGGAGUAGUUAAUCUUAAAGAAGGAACCUUCACUGACCCCUCAACUAAACAAACGUUACCCUUAGAUAAAGCUUUUGAACAGGGCUUACUAGCUAUUAAACCCAACGCAGAUGCUAUGGCAAACACAGGUGCUGUUACAACUAUUACAGAAACAUUCACUUCUCAGCAUACUGUUACAACUAAGAUGAUUGAGUUGUUAGCCGAUUAUGUUUUGGUUAGUUCAAAUGAGGUACAAAACACUAAGACAGGUGAAAUUAUGUCUAUAGACGAAGCUCGAGACAAAGGCAUUGUCAGAGAUGAACAAACAAGUAAAGAACAAUUUCUCACCAGUGACACUAACAUCAGUUUUGAGGAUGCUCUUAACUUUGGAUACAUUAAUAUUGAAACCGGUAUUUUCACCCAUCCAAACACUGGUGAGACCAUGCCUAUUUCUGAAGCCGUCAGCACUGGUAUACUAAAUACGGUUGCUUCUGAACCUUCAAAACAAACAGAUCAAAAAGAAGAUUUCCAAAUGCUUGAUCUUAAUGAAGCAUGUACCCUUCUAUUCGAUGAAAAGACACAAAAAUUCAGAGAUCCUGAAUCUUCUAAAAUGCUCACUUUAAAGGAAGCUUUAGAUAAAAAAGUAAUAGAUCCUGAGAGUAUCAUUUAUAAUAUUGAAGCUAGCAAACCUGUGACACUGCGUGAGGCAGUAGAAUCAGGGCUCAUUGACAAAAAAACUGGAAAAGUAAAAGAACCUAAAACUGGAAAAUCUAUAGAUGUUAAAAAUGCUGCUAAGAUGGGUUUAAUCGCAGUAGUAGCUGCUCCAGUUUUAGCUGGUAUGGCAGUAGUAGAAGGCGCUAAAGCUGUUAAAAGCAAGUUAAUGAAAUCAAAGGAAGAACAAAAGGCUGUUGAAUCUCCAAGCCGAAUUAUUUCAUCUGCCAAACAAGUUGAAGUUGCUCAAAAAGCAGAGGAAGAUAAUUCAAUAAAACAGAAAAGAUUGCCUAUGGAAUCGAUAUCUGAGAAAACACCUAGUAUCAAUAAAACAGUCGAUGCCAAGACAAUAAAAUUAGGUGAAGGUGAUAAGGAUGCUAGACCGGAUGUAAAAUUACCAAGUGAGAUACCGAAAUCUUCACAUGAUACAAAUGUUGCUGUCAGAGAGAAAACUUCCACUCUGUCAGACAAAAAAUCAAAACCUGCUGAAAAGACCCUCACUGAAGACGUACAUAAACUCUCACAGCAACAAUCAGAUUCUGCGCAAAAGACGUCUAACAAAGAAAAGUCACCAGAAUCAGAUAAAAAGUCAAUAGCUGAUAAACCAACUGUUGUUGCUGCUAAAACGAAAGUAACCGAGAUGUCACUUGAUAAAUCUGAACCUCAAAAAUCAAUUAUAGCCUCAAAGCCUGUUACACAACAAGUGCGUGAAUCAUCGCCAACUGGUAAUGAAGUCACAACAACUACCGUGACUACGAUUGGUCAAAGUAAAUCAACUGAUUCAGAACCUAAUGUCAUUGUUCAAGAAAUACGUGACAUUACACCUGAAGGUGAACAAAUUACCACAAUCAUUACCCAAACAACACAUUCUGAACCUGAUGAAUACUUCUCAGAAGUAACUAAGACCACAGUGACUACAGCAUCCACAGUGACGACAGUUGAAAUUAGCCAAAGUGAGUCUAGCUCAUACCAAGUUGUUACAGAAGAAAGUAUUGGUUCUAAUAGCUCAUUUAAAAUUGUCACUGACGGCGAUGAUGACCAAGUUGACAAAGCUUUAGUAACUACAGACAUUGCUAUUAAAUCUGAACAAAGUGAGCGAGAGGCACCUUUGAUGAACCAAUAUAAGAAGGAGGAUCUUAUAAAACCAGUUUCACAGUCGAUUAAAACGUCUGAAAUAAAAUCACCACAAGAAAUGAAAGCGUCAACAGUCGUAGAAAUAGCCCCUGGUGUUAUUUAUGAUCCUAACGAUGCUCUUGUAAUAACAAGUCCAUCUGGUGUACCUGGAAAUAUUUUAGAAGCUGUUAGCAAAGGUGUUUUACCACCUGAUACCGUAAAAGUUACAGAUCCAAAGUCUGGAAAAGAGUUGAGUCUUAAAGAAGCAAUGAAAAAAGGUUUAGUCGAUAAGAAAACUGGGGAAUACAAAGACAAGUCAGGAAAGAAAAUAAGCUUUUCUGAUGCCGUUAAAUUUGGGUUAGUAGCAGUAGUCGGUGCUCCAAUACUAGCCGCUGCUAAAGUUGUAGAAGUUGUUAAGAACUCGGUGGCUGACCCUAAAACUGGUCAAAAAGCUGAAGUUUCUAAACCUGUCGAUAGGUAUACCGUACAACCAUCAAAACAACCACAAAAUGAAAGUAAACCCGAUCUUUCCUCCCCUGAAUUGCGAGCACUAGACCUACAAAAAACGUCGCCUGUACAUCACGAUCUUAAAACUUCUACUGCUCUGUUACUUGAUGCAGAACGGCAACCACUUAACGUCAUCGAAGAGAUCACUGAACAAAAUGUUGUCAAACCUAGACCAGAAUACAUGCAAAUACAGUAUGAAAGUAUUUUACUAAUCGAUGCCAUCACACAGGGUAAAAUUGAACCUAAAGUUUGUAGGAUUCUUGUUAAUGGCAUAGAAUCGCCAUUGACGGUCCAAGAUGCUUUAGAGCAACAGCAAAUUAGCAAAUACACACCCGUCGACGUUGUUUCGAAAAAUUGCGUGAUUGUUAAAGAACCUAAACCGAAGUAUUCUAUUUCUAUUUCACAAAAACUUUCACCUGAAGAACUGUCUGAGUUAGGCGUUUACGACAUUGAAAGACAAGUUUUCUUAAACCCAGAAACCGGCGCUAAAAUAUCUUUUGAGGAAUUAGUCUAUGGCCUUCAAAUAUUCGACCCUGAACAAAUAUUAGUAAAAGAUUUAAGCUCUAAAUCUGAUAAAUACAUUCCAUUCGAUCAAGCCAUGGCAAGAGUCCUUAUUGACAAAUCUACCGGUCAUAUGGUUAAUCCAAGAAGUGGCAAACGAGUGCCUUUCUUAGAAUGUGUGCAACUAGGCUGGAUUGUAGAAAAACCGGAAGAUGUCUGUAUUCAGGAACAAAUUGAUAUCAAAACAGCGUUAGAACAAGGAUUAUAUAAUCCCGAAACCGGAGAAAUUAAAGACGUUAACACUGGUGAACUAGUGCCCAUUGGCACUGCUGUAGAAAAGGGGUUAAUAGAUCAAGAAUCGUUACUGAUUAAUGUUCCCCAUUCGAAAGAACCGAUUAUUCUAUCAGAUGCAAUUGAACGAGGUAUCGUUGAAAUCCGUGAUGGUGUCAUAACCAUUAUCGAAACGCAUGAGGUGAUUGAAAUUUCAGUAGCAAUCCAACAUGGUUUAAUUACAGUAGCUCGAACACCGAUCUCAAUUGAAGCUGUUGUUAGUAGCAAUUUAUAUGAACCAGAAAGUGGUAAAAUUAAAGAUUCAAUGACACAACAAUUAGUUACAAUAGCUGAUGCUGUAAAUAGGAAUAUUGUUCACCCAACAAUUUCAGAAAUAAAAGAUACUGGAUUAGAAAAAUUCGUGCCACUCUCAGAGGCUCUAGACACAAAGCUUGUUCAUCCAGAGACAGGUAAAAUUAAAGAUAAAAAGACUGGAAAAGACAUUCCACUAGAUGAUGCAUUGAAAAGAGGAUUAGUUGCUACAAAAUCAAUUACAUAUUCUUUAUUUGAUGUCAUAGAACUAGGUUACUAUUCGCCGAAUAGUUGUAAAAUUUUGGAUCCAAGAACUGGUGAAACUAUUACUUUAGGUAAAGCUAUUGACAACAAGCUCGUUGAUCCAAGUGACGUUAAAAUAAAAGAUGACAAGGCAGAAGCAGUAGUUGCAUUUGACCAAGCUGUCAAAUCAGGUAUUAUUGAUUUAGAAAAAGGUAUUUUGACAUCGCCUGUCUUAAACCUUAAAGACGCGAGCGAAAAGGGCUAUUUACUAAGUGACAAAAAACCAUGGACUUUGCAAGAAGGUUUAGUACAAGGCUUUUAUGAUCCAGAAACUGGUCUGCUCACAAUCAAAAACGUUACAAUGACCCUGGAAGACGCUAUCAAAGAUGGCAACAUAAAUCCUGAAGCUCUUACAGUCAGGAAUUCAAAUACUGGAGAAAUAAUAUCUCUUAAAGAUGCGAUCAAAGAAGGCAUUAUUGAUUCUAAGGAAGGGAAAGUUACUGAUCCCAUUUAUGGAGAUAAAAUAUCGCUUACCGAUGCAUCAGACCGUGGCUUAAUCGUGCCAGCUAAGAGAAAGCUUAGUUUGCCCGAAGCCGUAUUCAAAGGAUUCUAUGAUCCAAAAACGGGUAAAAUCUCUCACCCGGAUAGCAAAGAGAAAAUACAAACUGAUAGGGCUAUCAGAAAACGAUUGUUAGACCCCCAAUCCACUAUUGUGCACGUAGGAGGUAAGGUAAUUCCAUUUGAAUUUGCUGUAGAAAGAGGUAUUGUUGACGGUAGGACCGGAACAAUUAACGUAGGAGAAGAGAAAGUAGAUUUCCGCGAAGCAUUUGAGAGAGGAAUAUUGGUAGAAGUGCGUAAACCUCUUUCACUAAUCGAAGCGAUUGAAAAGGGCAUUUACAACGAAAUUACUGGUCUUUUUAUGGACCCACAAAGCGGUAAGAAGUACACUCUCGACGAAGCAAUUAAAAUGAGUCUCGUAGAUCCGCAUUCUGUUCACAUUCAGGACAACAGAUUAGGUAAAUGGGAUAAAAUAACAUUACCAGAAUCUAUCGAAACAGGUGUAGUUGAUAACAAGAGCGGGAAAAUUAAGAAUAUCAACAGUGAAAACGAAGAAAUAAGUCUUAAAGAAGCAUUUGAAAUAGGUUUGCUUGUAGACAGUAAAGCUUCGAUUAGCUUACAAAGGGCAUUACAUCAAGGACUUUACGAGGACAAUACAGGAAAGAUCAUUGACCCCGCGACGAACCGUAAGAUUACGCUUCACGAAUCUAUUAGGCGAUCUAUCAUUAGUCCUAAAUAUCUCUGCUAUUUCGACAAAAAGUCUGAGAAACCUUUAACACUGGCUGAAUGCUGCCGUAGCGGGGUGGUCGACAGACGAAGUGGAAAGUUCAAUGAACCAGGUUCAGACGUGCCAAUUACUCUAUCUGAAGCCAUGAGCUUAGGCCUCAUUGUUGAUAUUGAAAGUGCCGGAUUCUCAUUAUAUGAAACCCUUGCUAUGAACAUGUACGACAUUACAGAACUAGUAUUCGUCCAUCCAGUAAAUGAUAGAAAACUUUCUCUCAAAAACGCUAUUGCCGUAGAACUUAUCAACCCUGAAACUUCAUUGGUCAAAAACAUUCCCACAAGUAAAUACAUAACUUUAGUUGAAGCCAUCAAAUCAGGUAUUGUGGAUGAAAAUGCCAGCGUCUAUGUUUUACCAAAUGGCAAUCAAAUAAAUCUGCUAGAUGCUAAACAUCGUGGCCUUAUUGUCACUGCCAAGAAAGGUCUGAGUCUAGAAGAAAUAAUUAGAAACGGACUAUUCAGGGCGGAUAAUGGCAAGAUCGUUGAUCCCACUUCAAAUGAGUACAUGGAUAUUAACAAGGCUAUCGAAACUGGCUUAUUAAAGCCGGAAAUGACUGCUGUAAAAGACAGCUUCGCGAAUAAGUACAAACCUCUACCAAUAGCGAUACAACAAGGUGAUGUAGAUGUUACUAAAGGUAGGGUGUUAGACACAAAGGCAAAGAAAAGCUACAGCUUAGACAUUGCUUUUGAUAAGGGCUUACUAGUAACAGUGGUCCAACCAAUCACGUCACAAAAACUAAGUCAGCGACACGUCUCUGACUCCUCCGCUACCAAGGAGGCAGUGCUUAGAGAAUUCACUUUGGAUGAAGCUAUCAAAUACGAGUUCAUUAACCCAGACACGGCUGUUAUUAAAGACCCUCACAAAAACAAAUACAUUCCAUUAUCAUUAGGCAUAUCCGAGGGCAUCAUUGAUAGGAACACUAAAGGCUCGUUCGAUCCUCAAAGUGGUAGGUCUCGUACUCUCUGCUUCAAUUUCGAAAACGGUCUAAUAGUGUACGUACGCGUGCCUCUGACGUUUGAGCAAGCGGUGGAACAGGGCUACCUUAACAUCACUACCGCUCGCUUUACUGACCCACAUUCCAACGAAGUACUAACAAUUAAAGACGCGGCCACAUUAGGCUAUAUUGAUUCGGACACGGCGCUCAUAAAAGAUAAUCUCAAAAAGAGGUUAGUCAAACUCCCGGAGGCAUUCAGAAAGGGUCUGAUGGACGCCGAGAAGGGUAACAUUUUGGACACUGAAACGUCUAAACUGAACACUCUGCCCGCGGCAAUCGAGAGUGGACUGCUCAUGACACCCAAGAAGAGCUUCUCCCUCAUUGAGACCAUCAACUUUGGCAUCUACAACCCCACGACUGGGGCUUUGAACGAUCCGUUCAUUACUACAAGCGUCAUUGACAGAAAGAGAUUGAAUCUUGACGAAGCUAUAAGCCAAGGCAUCGUAGACCCAUCCAGUACGGUCGUCAAAGAGCCAAACUCAGGAAAGAUAGUGCCAUUGACACAGGCGAUAGAACAGAAGUUAGUCGACCCCGUAGCAGGACGGCUAAUCACGAACCCAGAAAAAGGCAUCAGCCUUGAUUUGGUCAAAGCUCAUAAGAAGGGCUACUUGCUGCCAGCAGAAACGAGGCAAGCAGUUGAAGAGAAGUACCGCCUAUGCGAUGAGACUUUGUCCAAGUUACUGGAAUGGAUUGCCGGAAUCGAAGAGAGGCUGGCCAACCAAGACUCUGUCAAAGAGGACAUGGACGAACUUCGCAACCAAAUCAAUAUUCUGAAGCUGAUCAAGGACGACCUGGAGAGCCACCAGCGCCAGGUGUCGGCGUGCGCGGACCAGGCCAAGCAGCUGCUGCUGUCUGGAGGAGACGUGCUGGCGCCGCAUGAGGUGGCAGCACUGGAGCGCGGAGUGAGACAGCUCAAGCAGCGCUGCGACAAGUGCACGGAGAAGUGCGACAAGAUGCUGCGCAGACUCGCCGCGGCCAGAGACGAGCUCGGGAAGUUUACCAACGAACUAAACACCUUCAACGCUUGGAUGGACGGCGCGUACCGUUCGCUAGAAGACAAGGAGGGUUCUAUCUCCAAGUUGUCCCACAUCCCCGGCCAGGCCGAGGAGAUACGCCAGCUGGUGUCCGAUGUGAUCGCCCACCAGGCCGAUCUUAGGUUCAUUACUAUGUCGGCGCAGAAGUUCCAUGAUGAGUCUAAGGAAUUCCUAACAACCCUCAACGACUACCGCACCCAACUACCGUCCCGUCUGUCCCACGUGGCGCCGCCGGCCCACAGCGCCGUCCGAACCGCCGCCACACUGGCCAGGCAACGGCACAAUGAGCUGACUGCUAGGGCCCAGAGACUACAGGAGAAGUUGAGGAAUGCUGCGGAUAUAAGUAAAGCGUAUAAUGAUGCGUUGGAUCGCGCUGGGAAGUGGAUUAAGGAGACGGAGCCCCAAGUGCGUUCGCUAGUCUCCGAGACGGUAGGCGGCGAGCCCCGCCACGUGGAAGCGCAGUUGUCGCGAGCGCACACUCUACAGAACGAGCUGAGGCAACGAGCCCGCCUGCUGGACACUGCCAAAGAUGCAUGCGACCAAUUCGUCAAGUCCCUCGAAGGCAACCUAACACCAUCAGAGAUCCGUCAACUAGAAGUCCCAGUGCUCGAACUAGAGCAGCGCUACAACGCCAUGUCUUCAGCGCUAGGCGAGCGGUGCGCAGCGCUUGAAGCCGCUCUGUUGCAGUGUCAAGGGCUGCAGGAUGCUGCUGACACGCACAGCGCUUGGAUGCUGAAUGCUGAGACGCAGUUUAAGAACCAACACAAGCCCGCCUCCCUAAUCCGCGAGCGUCUGGACGAGCAACUCCGAGAACAGCGCAUUCUCCACUCGGAAGUGGAAGCCAAGCAGCCGACGCUGGCCAAGCUGGUGUCCUCGGCGCGGGACGCCGCCACGACGCCGUCCAACGCCAGGAUCGCGAAGAAGCUGGAGCAAAGAGCUGAGGAGCUGUAUGCUAAAUACGAGAAGCUCGUAGACCGCUCACUGAAACGCGGCCAGCAUCUGGACGAAGUGUCUCACGAGCUGAACACAUUCUUGGAGCAAGCGGCCAAAUUACAGUCCGCUCACUCAACGCUGAACGAACAGAGCGACGCGAGGGAUGGGAAUUACGCUCAGUUGGCGCAGGCUAGGGACAACCUAAUGCCGCUCCUAGACGAAUGCCUACGCAACGGCAAACAACUCGUCGCUAAAAAGGACGUGACAGACACGCACUCGGUCCGAGACAAGAUGAAGGCUUUAGAGGGACUUUGGAGGGACUUCAACACGGCGCUAGAGGAGAAACAGAAGCUGAGCAAGCAGAGGGCUGAUCAGCUGACGUCGUAUGAGGGGCUGAGGAAUCAGGUCCUCGACUGGCUCAAGUCCAAAGAGACGCAAGUGUCGCGCCUGCAGCCCGUGGCCGUGGACCUGGACGCCAUCAAGCAGCAGCAGGAGGAGCUGCGACCCCUGGCCAAGGAGUAUAGGGACUACGCCGUCACUAUUGAGAAGGUGAACGAAGCUGGCGCCAUCUACGAAGCCCUGACCCGAGGCGAGCGCGCCGACAGCCCGCACCGCAAGCGACACCUGUACAGCCCCACCAAGAGACAGACGCCUAUUCGUUCCCUGGACGGGCGCUCCCCAUCCCCGACUAAGAGCCACCUGCUGGCCAGCCCGGGGUCUACUCAUUCCGCUUCUAGCGGGUUCUCGUCGCGACGCUCCAGCCAGGACGGCUUCCAUCUGGAAGAACUAUCCCCGGUGCAACAGCAGCUCUCAGACAUCAACAACCGCUACCAGCUCCUCGGGGCCAAGCUGACCGACCGCCAGACGGAACUGGACUCUCUGCGCGAGGAGCUAAGGAAGCAUUUGGACAGUCUGCGCGCGCUGCACGCUUUCUUGGAUAAGGUCCAAAGGCAGCUGCCUAAAGACGCGAUCCCGACGACCAAGGACGAGGCUGAUAAGACCAUCAAAGCGACUCGCUCAGUUCUGGAGGAGAUGUAUGAGAAACAGAGCCUUCUCGACUCUACCAAGACUCAGGUGAAAGAGCUCCUGAAGCGCAAGCCAGGAGUGCAGGGCGCUGACAGGCUACAUGAUGAGUUAGAAGACGUAGCUGGACGGUGGAAGAUGCUGCAUGACCAUUGCAAGGACAAGAUCCGCCUAAUGGAGGAGAUGAAGGACUUCCACGACACGCAUGGCAGCCUGGCGCAGUGGCUCGGGGCCAAGGAGCGCAUGCUGACCGCACUGGGGCCUAUCUCCAGCGACUGCCGCAUGGUCAGCACUCAGGUCGCACAGGUGCAAGUGCUCCGCGAAGAGUUCCGCACGCAGCAACCUCAACUCACCCACUUGGAGGACGUGACGGCUUCAGUACUGCAACGACUGGAGCGAGCACCCGAUGCGACUACGCUUAAGAACAAACUGCAGGCUGUUAAGGACAAAUGGACUGAGUUGUUGGAGAAACUUGAACAACGGGCAGAAAGCCUAGGCGCGGCGGCCGACACGUCACGCGAGUUCGACGCGGGGCUCAACCGUUUGCGAGACGCCCUGCAGACUAUUGGAGACAAGCUGGAUGAUGCUGCACUGGACAAGGAGCCGGAGGAGCAGCUGAGGAAGAUUGAGAACCUAGAGCGUCAACUAGAAGGCCAACGCCCUCUGCUAGCCGACCUAGAAGCAGCCGGUGCCGCAUUAGCCGAAGUGCUCUCAGACCCGGCGUCCCGGCAGGACAUCCAGAGCAAGCUGAACGCCGUGUCAAGACAAUAUGAUAACCUGCAGAGGAAGCUGGACCAUAGGAAGGCGGAGAUUGAGGCUGCUUUGAGAGACGGCCGCAAUCUAGAAGAGUCCGUAGGCCGCACACUGGGCUGGCUACAGACUUCGCUGGGGUCGUUGACCUCUCGCCUGCAGGUGUCAGCUGAUAAGGAGAUACUGAAGCACCAACUGGAGACCCACGAGCCUCUGUACAGGGAGGUCAUGUCGAGGGAACACGAGCUUAUCAUGCUGCUGGAUAAGGGUCGCGAGAUGGAGAAGAAGCCGGCCCACCAGAACCUUCGCAAGGACUUAGACCGCAUCCAGUCGCAGUGGGACAAGCUGCGCCGCGAGGCGGUCGACCGACAGACGCGGCUGCAGGCGGCUAUGGAGCACUGCCGCAAAUUCCACAAGGCCCAGGAAUCCUUCCUCCCGUGGCUGACCGAGGCCGAGGGCCGGGCGGGCGCGCGCCGCGCCGCCGCCUUCACCAAGAGAGAGCUGGAGGCGCUGCUGAGGGAACUGCAGCAUCAUAGGAACGAUAUCUGGAAGAGGUCUGGCGAGUUCGAGAACAACAAGACGCUUGGCGAGACGUUCAUCUCGGCGUGCGAUGUAGACCAGCAGGUCGUCAGGGUGCAGCUGGAUGAUAUGAAGGAACGAUGGGACAGGCUCAACAACGAGGUGCUCCAACAGAUCGAGUACCUAGAAAGCACGGCGCGCAAGCUCAGCGACUUUGCAGACAAAGUCCGAGCGGUCGAGACCCCACUGCAACGCUGCGAGGAGCGGCUUGAGGAGGCUCUGAAGGCUGCUCCGGCGGUGGCUGUGGAAGCUGUGGCUAGUUUAGCUGAUAGUAUACAUGCUUUGAAGGCUCCUCUGCAGAGCAUCCACGCCGCCGCCGACGACAUCGUCACCCUAGCCCUAGAGUGCAGCGGCCCCGACACCGCGUCCCUGGCCAGGAGUGUGCUGGAGGAGGAGGCGCGGGGCCUGGGAGACAGACUACAUGACCUGGAGGCACGGGCUGAACAGGCCAAGCAUGACCUGGCUAGGGCUAACGCGAAGCAUACAGAUUUGAAUGAGAAAGUGAAAUCCCUCUCCCACGACAUAACAUCCCUAGAAAAGGAACUGGACACCAUGAAAGCGCCAGGCCGUGAAGUGAAGGUCGUCAAACAACAACUAGACGACAUAGGCCGUUACUACAGCAAGUUGGAGAAGGCUGAUGAUGCCAUUGGAGAUGCAGCGAGGGAUGCCGAGCUGUUGGCCGAUACGUAUGGUGAUAGUGGGAAUGUUAAUGCUCAGGUGGAGAGCCUCCGCAAGCAGCUGGGCAAGCUGGACGAGCGGGCGCGAGCCAAGGAGCAGGAGCUGGACGACACGCUGAGCAAGCUGGAGGCCUUCUACAAGGCUUACGACUCGCUCAUUGAUGAUAUACAGGAGGCGUCAGAACAAGUGCGCAUGCUCAAGCCAGUGUCCUCAGACGUGGACCAAAUCCGCGCCCAACAGAAGGACUUUGCGGAACUCAAGAAGCGAACAUUGGAGCCGCUUGGCGCCAACGUUGGCCAAUGCAACAAGAUUGGCCAAGCGUUGGUCAGGAGUGCCCUUCAGGGAGUCUCUACCCAAGUGCUUGAGAAGGACUUGGAGAAGAUGAAUGAUAAGUGGAAUACUCUGAAGGAGAAGAUGAACGAGCGCGAGCGUCGUCUAGACGUCGGCCUCCUCCAAUCGGGCAAGUUUGCCGAGGCUCUGUCGGGGCUGGAGAAGUGGCUGAGUGACACUGAAGACAUGGUGGCCAAUCAGAAGCCGCCGGCGGCUGAUUACAAGGUCGUGAAGGCACAGUUACAGGAGCAGAAGUUCCUCAACAAGAUGCUAGCGGACCGGCAGCACUCGAUGUCUCACCUCUCCGCCAUGGGCAGCGAAGUCGCCGCCGGCUGCGCCCCCGCUGAGAGACAGGCCGUGGAGGCCCAGCUUAGAGGCUUGAUGGGGAGGUUUGAUGCGCUGACGGACCACGCCAAGAGACGGAUGCGGGAUUUGGACCAGGCUAUGAAGGUGGCCAAACAGUUCGAGGAGCAACUCCAACCGCUACUCGAGUGGCUGUCGCUAUCAGAACGCCGCGUGACCGCGCUGGAACUCGUGCCCACUGAUGAGGAGAAGAUACAGCAGAAGAUCAGGGAGCAUAAGAACCUCCACGAAGACAUCCUCUCCAAGCAGCCGUCGUUCCAGCAACUCACGGAGACCGCGUCCACGCUCAUGGCGCUGGUGGGGGACGACGAGGCGGCCGCGCUCGCUGACAAGCUGCAGGCAGCCGCUGACAGAUACCAAGCCCUAGUCGAGCACAGCGAGGCAGUAGGCCUACUCCUAGACAGUUCUCGCAAGGGUCUCCGCCACCUGGUCUUGACCUACCAGCAGUUGUCAGCUUGGAUGGACGCCAUGCAGGCCUACCUGGCGAGGGGCAGGCUCCUGCCGUGUCAUAUGGAGCAGCUGCUCCAGUAUAUACAUCAGUUGGCUGAAAAGACCGAAGAGAUCGCCUCCAAACAAGAGGAAGUCGACUCCACCGUGGACUCUGGCCUCGAGCUCAUGAAGCACAUCUCCGGAGACGAAGCCUUACAACUGAAGGACAAGUUGGAUGCGCUGCAGAGACGAUACAACUCUCUUACGCAACAGGGCUCGGAUAUGUUGCGGAUUGCGUCUGAGACUUUGCCGCUGUUGCAGUCCUUCUAUGACAAUCAUACUAGGUUAACAGAAUGGAUGUCCGGCGCCGAGGCUGUCCUCCAAUCGGUCGAGCCUCGCGAGGCAGACGUGCUACGUCUAGAGGCGGAGGUGGCGACGCACCGCGGCAUGCUGGACCUGAUCAACAGUGGCGGCCCGCAGCUGUGCCAGAUAUCCCCCGGCGAGGGCGCCACGCACAUCGAGGGCAUCGUGACGCGCGACAACCGCCGCUUUGACGCCAUCGCCGAGCAGGUGCAGAGGAAGGCGGAGAGGCUGCUGCUCAGCAAGAAGCGUUCCCUCGAAGUCGUAGGCGACAUGGAAGACGUACUAGAAUGGCUGCGAGGAGUCGAAGCCCAACUCAGGGAGGCCGAGCCGCCAUCUUGCGAGCCCAGUCUUGUGCGCGCGCAGCUGAAGCAACAUAGACCGCUGAAUGAUGAUGUGGCGGCGCAAAGAUCCAGGGUUAGGGAGCUGCUUAGCCAGGCUAAGAAGGUCCUCCGCGAAAGCCACUCAUCCGAGGAGACAGCCGUCAUCCGCUCCCGCAGCGAAGAGCUCCGGGAGACCAUGGAGGAGGUGGCCACGCUCAGUGCGGAGCGGGGAGCCGCCCUGGAACAGGCCUUGCCACUGGCCCAGCACUUUGCUGAUACGCAUCAUGACCUAUCGUCCUGGUUCGACGACAUGGAGAAGCAGAUCCAGAUGCUGUCGAUGCCGGCGCUUCGACCCGAACAGAUCGCACACCAGCAGGACAAAAACGAGAUGCUGCAACAAUCGAUCGCCGGCCACAAGCCGAUCCUGGACAAGCUAGUGAAGACAGGCGAGGCCCUAGCCAGACUCUGUGGUGAUGAAGACGCCAACAAGAUCCAGGACAUCGUGGAGACGGACCUGGACAGAUACAACGCGCUGAAGGCUGAGCUCAGGCAGCGGCAGUUGGAGUUGGAACAGGCGCUACAAGAGUCGUCGCAGUUCUCGGACAAGCUGGAGGGCAUGCUGCGCGCGCUGGGCGGCGCCGCGGACCAGCUGGCCGCCGCCGAGCCCGCGUCCGCCCAUCCGCCCAAGAUACAGGACCAAAUCGAAGAGAACAACGCUCUAGUAGACGACCUAGAGAAGAGGACCGACGCAUACAACGCGGUUCAACGCGCCGCCUCUGACGUCAUCAGCAAGGCCAACAAGAGUGACCCGGCCGUCAGGGAUAUCCGGAACAAGCUGGACAAACUGCAUAAACUAUGGGACGACGUCCAAAAGGCCACAAAAGAUCGUGGUGCGUCUUUGGACAGCACUCUAGAAGUUGCCAAGAAGUUCUGGCAGCAACUGAACGCCGUCAUGGCGACCUUAAGUGCUCUGGAAGACACUCUGUCGUCUCAGAUGCCGCCGGCAGCCCAGCCCAGGGCUAUCCAGGCCCAACAGCUGGCGCUGCAGGAGAUCAGGCAUGAGAUCGACCAUACUAAGCCAGAGGUGGAGAAAGUCCGCAAGACCGGGUCAACCCUCAUGUCCCUAUGCGGAGAGCCGGACAAACCUGAGGUCAAGAAGCACAUCGAAGACCUAGACUCAGCCUGGGACAACAUCACGGCACUGUACGCUAGAAGGGAAGAGAACCUGAUAGAUGCCAUGGAGAAAGCUAUGGAGUUCCAUGACACUUUGCAGAACCUGCAACAAUUCCUCGACAAGGCUGAAGACCGGUUCUCCCGCAUGGGUCCGCUAGGCGGUGACAUCGACGCCGUGAAGAGACAGAUCUCGCAGCUAGCCGCCUUCAAGCAGGAUGUAGACCCGCAUAUGGUCAAGGUUGAGGCUUUGAACAGGGGAUUAAUGAGACAAGCGCAGGAGCUGACGGAACGCACCUCCUCGGAACAGGCCGCCGCCAUCAAACAACCGCUGACUGAGGUUAAUGCGAGGUGGUCUACGUUGCUCAGGGGCAUGGUGGAAAGGCAGCAACAACUGGAGAAGGCUCUACUCCGCCUCGGCCAGUUGCAACACGCUCUACAGGAGUUGCUGACGUGGAUACACAACACCUCGGAGACUUUGGAUACUUUGAAACCAGUGGCCGGAGACCCUCAGAUCCUGGAGGUGGAGCUGGCCAAGCUGAAGGUGCUGGUGAACGACAUCGCGGCGCACCAGGCCAGCGUGGACACGCUCAACGACGCCGGCGCCUCCAUUGUGCAGCAGGGAGAUGACGAAGCCAGCGAGACAGCGGACAAACUCGCCACCCUGAACAGGAAGUGGCGCGAGCUGCAGCAGAAGGCUCGCGACCGGCAGUCUGAGCUCGAAGACGCGCUGAGAGAGGCUCAGAUCUUCAACGCGGAGAUCCUGGACCUGCUGUCGUGGCUGAGCGAGGUGGACGGCGUCAUCGCCGCCUCCAAGCCCGUCGGGGGACUUCCCGAGACCGCCACGGAACAGUUGGAGAGAUUCAUGGAAGUCUACAACGAGAUCGAAGCCAACCGUCCCAAGGUCGAGGCGGUUCUACAACAAGGCCAGGAGUACCUGAAGCGCCAGGAACGGCCGAGCGCCGGAUCGCAGCUGCAUCACAACUUGAAGACGCUGAAGACUAGAUGGGAUAAUGUUACUGUCAGGGCGUCAGACAAGAAGAUAAAGCUGGAGAUAGCCCUCAAAGAAGCGACGGAGUUCCACGCGGCUCUGCAGGCCUUCGUGGACUGGCUGACCCGCGCCGAGGAGACGCUGCUGGGGGCCAAGCCCGUGUCCAGGGUCAUGGAGACGUUGCUCACCCAAAUCGAGGAGCACAAGACCUUCCAAAAGGAGGUCUCCACACACCGGGAGACCAUGCUACACCUGGACAAGAAGGGCACUCACCUCAAGUACUUCAGCCAGAAGCAAGACGUGAUCCUCAUCAAGAACCUGCUGGUGUCAGUCCAGCAUAGAUGGGAGAGGGUGGUGUCGAAGGCUGCUGAAAGGACGCGGGCGUUAGAUCAUGGGUUCAAGGAGGCUAAGGAGUUUAAUGACAUGUGGAACAACAUCAUGGGCUGGCUGUCGGACACGGAGAAGCAGCUGGACCAGCUCAACGCCGAGCCGAGUGUCAACGACCCCGACAAGAUCAAACAGAGGUUGAACAAACACAAGGAGUUCCAAAAGGCUCUGGCGGGUAAACAACCCCUUUACGACCAGACUAUGAAGACAGGCAAGACGCUCAAGGACAAGGCGCCCAAGACAGACGAGGUCACGCUGAAGAACAUGCUCACGGAUCUGAAGAGCAAGUGGGCGUCUGUCUGUGCUAAGGCUGUUGACAGACAACGCAAACUAGAAGAGGCGCUACUAUACUCCGGCCAGCUUAAAGACGCCAUGUCGGCGCUGAUGCAGUGGCUGCAGCGACAGAGGGCAGCACUGGAGGCCGAUACCGCAGUCCAUGGCGACUUGGACACUGUGCUACAGCUUAUUGAUGUUCAUAAGGCGUUCGAAGAAGACCUGCACUCCCGCGAACAACAGAUGGAGUCCGUUAUGAAGACCGGCAAGGAACUCGAAGCUACGCUACCCCGCGAAGACGCAGUGAAGAUCCGCGAACAAUGCGGCGAGCUGCAGCGGGCGUGGGACGCCGUCGUGGGCCUCAGCGAGAAGAAGGCCGUGCGAUUGGAGGGCGCUUUGAAGGAGGCGGAAAAACUCCACAAAUCCGUCAACAUGCUGCUCGAAUGGCUGUCGGACGCGGAGACCCGGCUUCGGUUCUCGGGACAACUGCCCGAGGGCGGGCUGGAGGCGCGAGCCCAGUUGGAUGACCACACCAGGUUCCUGAGGGAACUGGAGCUCAAGAAGAGUGACAAGGAUGAAACGAUCGCGCUAGCUCAGUCCAUUUUGAGCAAGGCGCAUCCCGACGCGGUGACUGUCAUCAAACACUGGAUCACCAUCAUACAGAGCCGUUGGGAUGAGGUGUGGCAAUGGGCACAACAGCGCAGCAGUAAGCUCGAGGCUCACAUGGAGAGCCUCCGCGACCUGGACCAGGUGCUGGAGCAGCUGCUGCAGUGGCUGCACGGGCUCGAGCACACGCUGCUGUCCCUGGAGUCGGAGCCUCUGCCAGAGUCGAUAGACCUUCUAGAAGGACUCAUAGAGGACCACAAGGAGCUGAUGGAACACACGCAGAAGCGACAGACCGAGGUGGACCGAGUCUGCAAGGCUUACCAGGUCAAGAGUCAAAGCGUAGGACGCGAAUCAACACCAAGGAAGGUUUCCGCCAAAACAGCCACCAAGGGAGUGCCUGGCCGUGGCUCUCAACAUGACCUCAAUAGGGAGAGGUCAGCGUCGCCUGAUUACUACGGGACCCGGCGUUACAGCCGCCUGAGCCCGGGCCGGGAGACGCCGGACCGAGGCCUGCCUCACUACGGACCACGCUUCCCGCCGCGCGGCAGCAAAGGCGCCGAGCCAGAAUUCCGUUCGCCCCGCGUGAAGACCCUCUGGGACAAGUGGCGCACCGUGUGGCUGCUGGCGUGGGAGCGACAGAGACGCCUGCACGAGCGUCUCGCUCAUCUGAAGGAGCUGGAGCGAGUGUCCAACUUCAACUGGGACGACUGGAGGAAGCGGUUCCUGAAGUUCAUGAACCACAAGAAGUCCCGCCUCACGGACCUGUUCCGCAAGAUGGACAAGGACAACAACGGCCUUAUUCCGAGGAACGAGUUCAUCGACGGGAUCAUUAACACCAAAUUCGACACAUCCCGGCUGGAGAUGGGCGCGGUGGCGGACCUGUUCGACCGCAACGGGCUCGGCCUCAUCGACUGGGAGGAGUUCAUCGCCGCGCUUCGACCUGACUGGGUUGAGCGCCGCGGCCCGCCGACCGACGCGGACAAGAUCCACGACGAGGUGAAGCGGCUGGUGAUGCUGUGCACGUGCCGGCAGAAGUUCCGCGUGUUCCAAGUCGGAGAGGGGAAGUACCGGUUCGGAGACUCCCAGAAGCUGCGCCUGGUCCGCAUCCUGCGCUCCACGGUCAUGGUGCGCGUCGGCGGCGGCUGGGUGGCGCUGGACGAGUUCCUGGUCAAGAACGACCCGUGCCGAGUUUCAUUAGUGCUUCCGCUGCCUGACCCCAGCAAGCCGGAGCAGCAUGAAGCUUGCUGCCCUCUCGCCAAGGGACGCACCAACAUCGAGCUCCGCGAACAGUUCAUUCUGGCUGACGGGGUGUCCCAGAGCAUGGCCGCGUUCAGACCGCGUACGCCUCGCUCUAACACUAACACGCCUCCUUCUACCGGACCAAUCACGAAGGUCCGUGAGCGCACCGCUCGCUCGGUCCCGAUGACAGGCGGAGGAACCGCUGGAAGAGCAUCGAGGUCGUCCCUUAGUGCUGGUACUCCGGACUCGCUGAGCGACAACGAAGCCGCCAGCGGACUCGGCGCGAGGUACAGGAAACCCAGCGUACCGAGGUCAACACUGACACCUGGUGGUUCAAGGCCAGGGUCGAGGCCAGGAUCGAGAGCAGGCUCCAAACCACCAUCAAGACAUGGAUCUAAUCUGUCUCUAGACAGCACAGACGAUGUCGGCACACCGUCGCGCAUCCCGAUGCGCAAGGUGACCAACACGCGCACGUCGAUCGCGCGCGCCAACGCCAACGCGACCAAGUUCGGGACCACCACGCCCAACGGCGGCUCCCGACCGCGCACGCCCACCGGGUACAUGACCCCCGCUAGUGGAAGGUAUUCGAGCGGCGCGAUGUACCGCACGUCAAGUAUACCGACCCUGUCGCCGGUGCCCGCCCUAGUGAGUUCAACACAUUCCCAACCUUCUUCCUUGGCUUCGGACCAUCCUAGCAAGUCGUCCCACGCCCAUCCCGCAUUCCAGAGCUCCACUAAAAUACCCAUUUACGUCGGCUCCCGCUCCCAAAGGUCCCAAUCUAACGAGAGACUUAGAUCCGCCUCCAAAAAACGAGAGAUAUCCCUCGAACCUAGUCCCACUUCCCACGAAGCGUCGAGGAAGUCAGAACAAAGAAGUCCCGAGGAUGACUCCUCGCUGUUCAGCAUUUCCGGGAUGACCAGUGACAAUGAAUGCGAGAGUAACGUUAGCGAGUCCAGUGGAGACACGAAGCCAACCCAACGAGAUGCUAAAGGGAGUGGUUCGUUCGCGUCGACGGAUGGUCAGACGCCGGGGCGCAGCCGCAUCCCCGUACUAAAGGACCACCAUACUAACAGUAACAAUUAUAGGCAAAGGACUCCUUCGGGCAGUACGACACCAGUGAGACCUGGCCAGCAGACGGCCGUGUCACGACUCCUCAGGAAGCCUUCAGAUGCCUCUGAGAAGGAUGCCCCUUCGACACCAGUGUCUAGGAGAGGCACCCCGGCCAGGUCUACCACCGACAAACGAGAACCAUUCCGAUUGUAGACGAUAAAUUAACUCUUAAUUAUUUAAUAUGACAACCCUGUAUUGACCAAUUUCGUACACUAGUGCUAAAUUUGUCAAGCAGGGCUUUUAUAACCCUGUGCUAUGCUAGUCGCUCUGAUAUUUUGAUAGUCACACAUUUAAAGAAUUUAUUAUCGCAAUUUGUAAUCGUAAUUUUAGGCCAAAUGUAUUUCGAAAAUUAUAUUCUCAAAUCAAAGCGGCUGGCAUUACACGGUGGUAUACCUAAUGGUGCCGAAACAUUGUAAUAAUACUAACAAUUAUUAACUAAUUCGGGAAUGAAGCCAAGCUUAUUAAGUGAUAAGAAUGCGAUUGUGGCUUUUAGUUGAAAUGAAUAGAUGUAGUUUAAACGUAAAGUCUGCACUUGUUGCCUUGUAUUACUUCUUUUCUACGAAACCGUGCAGUUUUUUGCACGUUUGGACUUUUAUUUAUUUUGUGCUGUCAGUAUUUACCAAUCUAUUCUUUUUUUUAAGUAAAAAUCACAGAAAUCAUGUUAUGUUUAACUUUGUACCUAUUAUUAUUUCCUCCUCUUAUUUAUUGUCAACGUUGCCAUAAUUAUUGUAGUGUAUGUUUUGUAUGUUAAUUAAAAAAAUACGUAUUAUUGAUGUUUCCAUUCAUCAAGAUCAGAGAAGGAAAGUGUGAUUUUGUAAACCUUUUGUGUUAGAUUAUUUUCUAUAGGGACCAUUAUGUUGUCAAGAUUGAGAUAGGAGAUCGUCAGCUAACGCUUCUUGUGCAUUCAUUCGACGCACGGUAACGCCAGACUUUGCAGUUGAUAGUGUACUCUAAGCUGUAGUUGAUGAUUGAAUAAAGUGAUAAAGUUUUGUGAGUGAUUAUUUUUUCUUAGUAAUUUUGCACAAUCAUGUUGUAUUUUGUAUUUCAUUUACUGUGUUCAUCCUUUUUUCGUACGAAAUAUUAAGUUUUCGUUGAAAUUGUACAAUUAUGUAUAUUAUUAUUAUGUAUGAUAUUUGCACAACAUCCUGUUGUAACGUGUAUGGAACUGUUGAGAACGCGGGCGCAGGACUGUCGCCAGAGUCUUGUGUCUGUUGUUUUGGCAGAAAGUGCUCAUUUCGGUAAUUCCUUGAUGGAUAAUUUAUUUUAAGUUUAACUAAAGUACACUUGUAGCAAAAGACAUUUACUUAAAACGUAAAAAAACGUUUCUAUUAUAUGAAGUAAACGCUUUAAAAUGUAACCCUUGUCCAUUUCAAUAAAAAUGUUAACCAACACUCACACUUAUUUGUUAAUUUUAUUAUAAAUUUGACUUUAAUAUUAAGUCUUAUUAUUAGUGUUAUAUAAAACUAUUAAUCUGGUCAUUUUAUUUAAAUCAUUGUUGUAUUUGUUAAAUUGUAAAAUCAAAGCCAAUAUACUUAAAGCUUGCAAUAUUUUUUUGUAAAAAGACCUAAUGAUUCUGAAAAGCUACAGUUUAAAUCUCAUUAUUAUUGAUUUAAAAAUAAUAAAAAUAAACGAUAACAAUUAA